AUGGCACCCACCUCCCAGAGGCGUGCGGAGCCCCUGCUCACGCUGCGGCUCCCAGGCCCCGGGCGAGUGUGGAAGGAGCAGCUGCGGGUGCGUUCGGAUCCAGCGCCAUUUAAGGAGGCCGCAGUAUUGAGCAGGAGGAAGGAGAAGAACACUACCCAGGGUGCUGCUGGGCAGAGCUCGGCGAGGGGCACGGGAGCGGGACCCCGUCCCGACCAGCCGGCGCAAGGAGCGGUGGAGGGGUCUGCAGGGUCUCCAUCCCACCCGCGCUUCAGCUCCGACAACACUCCUGCCAACCGGCCUCCAGCUCGAGGCAGCCGCUGCCCCUUCCCUCCCCUCGGCUAUUUGCAGGCUGGGAACGAGCAGGACCGGUGCUGGGAAGAGUUUCCGGGACACGUUCAAAAGCGGGAAGUGCUGACUUUCAUCUGCCCCGCGUACAAGGAGCGGGACGUCGUCCCCAGCGCUAAAGCCCGGUGCCGGCUCCCCGCGACCUUACGGCCGCCCCUGCGAAGGCUGGGGGCGAGGCCGGGCCGAAGCCGGCCGGGGGACGGGCACGUCGUGCCGGAACGCGGCGCCGGGCUGGGAGCUGCUGAGCCGGCCGCCUCGCCGCGCUCACCGGCUGCGGCCCCGGGAAGUUCCACGCCGGUAGAGCAGGGAAAUGGGAUGCGGGGACAGCUCGCUGCGAAGCACAGCUCACGUCUCUCUAGUCCCAUAAUUUUUGUUGGGAAGUUUUAUCUUUUUAAUUUGUUACAUAUCAUGCAUCGUCUGAUUAAUUAUUGCUUCUCUGCAGGGAGGACUAGAGUUUAUAGAGCAAUAUAGCAUUAGUGUUAGCUUUAUACACCCUCAAAGCCCAGAGGAAGCUCAGCAGAGUACUUAUGCGAUGUUCUGUCGAUAAUAAUGACUCAGCAUUUGGCCGGUUCGUGGGCAUCCCGGCAGCGCUUUAUUAAAGCGUACACAGUAUAUGCAUCGAACAUAAAUACAGCCAGGAGAUGCGGCGCGUGCCGUGCCGCAUACAUAUCAGCUGGGGCAGCCUCUCCGGGAGAGCUCGGGGCUGGAGCAGCUCGCAGGCAGAGCCCUGCCUGCCUCGGCCUCUCCCUGCCUGCUCUGCCGGGCCCUGGCAAUCCAAGAGUUUAAUUGCCACGGUGGCCUGGGAUGCACUGAGCUGCUCGGCGUGUCCUUCAGCUCCAUGAACGCAGCAAUGGCCACAAUAAAAUUCCCUUUACAGCCACAUCUCUCCGUCGGCUGAGCAAGAGCCGUCUCCCUGAAGAAGCCUUCCCAUCCAGCGAGCGAUAUUAAGGAGGUUGUAUAACUGAUUGGGGAAGGUGCUGCGGCAGGACUAACAGCAGUGAAAUGCGGUUGAACAUUUCCAGCACUGAGUAAACCAUAUGUCUUCAUAAUUUGAUUGUGCCCCGGUCCCCCAGGUACCUCCCAGCUCUAUUGAACACCGAUGGAGUUAUUUAGAAUCAUAAAUAAUAUUAUCAAAGAGGGUCUGCUGGGUAAACAGAGUCAGUGUAUAAAUUGUCGGCGCGCGAUAUUGAUUGUUCUGAGCUGACUAAUGAAUUAUUCUGUUUAAGGGCCCGUGGAAACAACGCUCAGCGUUUUCAAGGCAAGGGCCCUUUGAAGAAGUCCCCCCCGGUGCUGCUGGGCUUUGUGGUCCCGGCCACCACAGGCGGCGAGCGCGGGCUCCCGGCAAUCGCCCCGGCACUGGCCCGCGUGGCCAGCGGAGCCCUCAGCGGCGCACGGCCGGGGCGAGCGGGCAGGGACCUGUGACCGAGGGGAGCUUGACUUGCCAAACAUUGCCCUCACCUUCAGUCCCACCAGGCUCAUCUUUUCCUCCUCCUUUUUCAUCUUCCUUCUUCCUUCCAUCUUCCUUCACGCAGCGCCUUGCGGAGGAGGGCCGCGAUGCGACGUCCGGGGCUGCAGCAGGAGCCCGGCCGCUGCCCCGACCCACUGUGACAACCACCCGAGGAGUCCCACCGCCUUCCCCGGCCCAACGCUCUUCCCACAGGCGCUGAACCUCAGCACCUCUCCCACUUGUUGGUAUUUCUUGACUUUUUGGGCUUCAUCUCCUUAAAUAGGGUCUUUUCCCUGGAGACAUAUUAGCUACCUCAAGCCGUGCCCUGGAACAAGGAGAAAUAAGCCAUUCUUUUCAACAGAACUUGCUUUUUUUUCUCUCCUCACCUGCAUAAUAGGUUCUGUUAAAUGUAUAGUUUUUCAAUCCCUUUGAUGUAAGGGACUCAAAACACUUCCCUGCUAAUCUCAUGCAGUGGUGCCUGAAACGCUGAAGGCACUGGCUGGGGAUAUGGCACAGAACCAGACAAGAAUUAUUGGUGUCUGGGGGGCCGGGGCAGCAUUAUGAGACAGCUCAUUUUAAAAUAAAUUAUGCCAUUAAACCACUUUUGUUCUUUUUUCCCUGCUUUUUGGGCUAGAGGCUCACCAGAGAAGAGGCAACGCUGGAGCAUCCAGCCAUUCUGGGCACAGAGGAGCGCACCGGGCGUCUGCGGGCAGGAGGAAGAGGAGGGCAGCUCUGCCUGGGAGGAAGCCCCUGCCCGGGGCGUGCACACUUGCCCACCCACCACAGCAAGCCCCUGGCAGGGCUGGUGGCACAG